AUGACAGGUAGAAGAGGAGAGACUUCAUCCUCUUUUGAUAGUGAAUCUGAGAGAACCUUCCUUAGAUUGAGAAGGGAGGCUAGAGGCAAGGGUAUAGUUGGAGAAGAACCAGUAGAAGAAAAUCUAACAACCACCAUGGAAGACGAAGUGCACGAAGAUGUUGGAGGAGGAGCUGAAAAUCAAGCUGGGCAACAGAGGAGAGUCUUAGGCUCCUAUAUCAACCCAACUCUAGGAAACUGUGGCAACAGCAUCCUCAAGCCAACAAUCCAUGCCAAUAACUUUGAGUUGAAACCUCAACUCAUCACACUAGUCCAAAAUAACUGCUCAUAUGGAGGAGAUGCUCAAGAAGAUCCAAAUCAACAUCUCAACACAUUCUUGAGGAUAUGCGAUACUGUAAAGUCCAAUGGUGUACACCCUGACACCUACAAACUACUUAUGUUCCCUUUCUCACUCAGAGAUAAGGUAACAAAGUGGUUAGAAUUAUUCCCCAAGAAGAGCCUAACCACAUGGGAGGAUGUUGUGAACAAGUUUCUAGCGAGAUUUUACCCUCCACAGAGGAUCAACAGGCUAAGAGCUGAGGUGCAAACCUUCAGACUGCUAGAUGGUGAAACACUCUAUGAGGCUUGGGAGAGGUUCAAAGAUCUAACAAUGAAAUGCCCACCGGAUAUGUUUAAUGAGUGGGUGCAGCUCCACACUUUCUAUGAAGGAUUAACCUAUGAAUUGAAGAAGGCCGUGGACCACUCUUCAGGGGGUUCACUCAACAAGAAGAAGACCAUUGAGGAAGCUAUAGAUGUCAUUGAAAUUGUAGCAGAGAAUGACUACUUCUAUGCUUCAGAAAGAGGCCAAAAGAAGGGGGUGCUGGAACUCAAUUCUAUGGAUGCCCUGUUGUCACAAAACAAGGCAAUUGCAGCACAAUUGGUAGCCUUAACCAAGAAAAUAGAAAAUAAUCAAGUUGCAGUUGUCCAAGCUCAAGCACUAUCCCAAGAAGAAAAUGAAUCAGAAGUUGAAUGUGAGCAAGCAAACUAUGUGCAUAACCCCUCUCAACCACCAUAUGACCCUAACUCUAAGACAUAUAACCCAGGAUGGAAAAACCACCCAAAUUUUAGAUGGGGGAACCAACAAAAUCACAACCAAAAUCACAAAUCCAACCAUCAGUCAAAUAACAACAGACGUUACCACAAUCCAUCUCACACAUCAUAUCCUUCCAACCAGCAAACACACCACCAUCAUGACACACUAACCCCAACCUCACAACCGUGUGAAAUCAAGGGUAACUUUGAGAGAGUGGAGGCCGCAAUAGCACAGCUAUCAUCACAGCUCACAGGAGUCAUUUCCACCCUCUUGGAAAGGCAAGCACAAGCUGAAAAGAAGAUAGAUGCCAACCAAGAAGAAUACAGGUCAAAUUUAAAGAACCAAGGUGCAGCAAUCUCAAAGCUGGAAGCACAAGUGGGGUUCUUAUCCAAACAAAUCCCAAUGCCUACACACACAUUUCCCAGUUACACCAUGGCCAACCCAAGAGGGGAAUGCAAGGCCAUCACACUUAGAAGUGGAAAAGUGAUAGAAGAAGCCACCCAAAACCAGAAAAACCACGGAAAAGAAGUUGCAGAAAAGCCUGAAAACAGGAAGAAAGAAGAGGCCCCUAGCCCGUCUUCACCAAAGCCAAUCUUGAAGCCUUAUGUGCCAAAGGCACCAUACCCACAAAGGCUAAGGUAG